AUGAGGCCAUCAUCAGUUGCUUGCGUGACAGCACCAUCUCAUCGAGCCUCCCGCCCCGGAGCUGAGGCCACCCUUACCGGAUUACGCUCGCCACCACCUAGCUAUGGACAGUAUGCCGCCUGCAACACUGUGUCUCCUUGUUGCCGCGCCACCGAAGUCGGUGUCAACGCCAUGGCCGCUACAAACAGCAACAUGGCCGCUGGGCUGGAGGCCAGCGAGGCCGAGCAACAUUGGCUUGAAGCCAAGAAAACCAUACACUCCAUGGUCAAAAAGCUGGAGCAGAUUGAUAAAGACGAGGCCGGAAGCAAGAAGCUCCUCGCCGAGCUCGAAUCCGUCGAGCAUAUGCUGGAAAGCCUCCGUCUUGCGUGCAUGGCUACGACCUUUACGGACUUUAAAUUUUCUCACAACAACCGCGUGCUCGACCGGCUGUGGCACGUCCACACUCUUAUCAGCACCGAGUACAAAAAGGGUCUGCAGCGCCACCGCGGCCAAGGUCAGAUUGUGCAAUUUCGCACCAUCGAGAAGCAGUACGCCAAACACCUCAAGACUGCCCAGUACUUUUACAAGGGCUUCAUCGAACGGCUGUCUGCCCGCUACCGUCUGCGAUCGCUCCAGCGCGUCGCCCAUGCGAUGCAGUCGGGCAACCUCAAAAUCAGCGACGUGAUCGAUGCUGACGAAGCCCAUCUAAGCGACGAACUGACCAUGGCCUGCUACCGCACAGUACUGCAUAUGGGCGACAUUGCGCGGUAUCGUCUCAAUGCAUCUCGCCAAAAGGGCCACAGCCCGGAUGUGGCCAUGACGUAUUACGCACUAGCUCAGGAUCUCAUGCCGCAGGAAGGCGAUGCCCACCACCAGAUGGCCGUUGUGCUCGCCGAGCAGCGUCGUGACUUUGACGUUGUCUAUCACUUUCUGCGUUCCUGGUCCGUGCAGAAGCCUUUUCCACUGGCCCCAAAAAACCUGGCAUCAGAGUUUAAGAAGCUUUUGCAGCCGCCCUCCAACUCUCGCAAGACUGGUAAUGCACCACCGGACGCUCACGAUCUCUUCGGCACCUGGCUCGUGCGCCUCCACGCCAACUAUUUUAAGGGAGAGGAGUUUUCCUCACAAGGCGAGCUAGAACGGGAGGUCCUGCAUCGCUGGGAGGCACUGCUGAGGCAGUCAGCACAGCCUGCCUACCUGCAAAAGGCCGUGCUCAUGAACAUCGCGGCAUACGACAUUGCCCUGAAGAGAGUGCAUCGGGUUCUUGAGACAGAAACACAACGUUUCUUUGAGGAGACUGCGUUAGAAGACGAGCCAGAGGCUGUACCGACACCUGCCACGCCUGCAUCCGCCAAGAAAACAUCGCCUACACCCGCCGAAAAGGGCGACAAAAGUGACAAGAACUCCAGACACAACGGCCGCAAUCGGGGUGGCAACAGCAACAACAACAAUACAAAUGCCAAGAAGCCCACGGAUACCGACGUCCAGAAACAGUCCGUAUCCGACACGUGCCUAUCGCUCUUCCGUGUCUGCGUGGCAUGGAUUGCCACCCACUACGAGGAUCUCGUCAAAUUCGAAGGGCACCUCACUCCUUAUAUCGCAGACAUGCAUCGGUCCGUGACCCGGUGCCUGAAUCUUUUUGUCGAGCUCAUCACCAAGACGGAGGCGUCACCCACAACUUACCUCCUCCCCGAAGACGUUGAAGUCAUCGGCCUCGCGACCCUCGACGGCUGGACCGCACUCCGGGAAGGCGAUGCCAACAGCGCAUUCAAGCCGCGCUUUGACGAGGAAGGUGUCGAGCGUAAAAGCAGCACGUACGAAACAAUGGCCCGUAUCUAUGACGUCGUCGAGUGCACGGUGCGUCUCAUCGGCGACCCUUCGUUCCCAUGGGUUAUCGAAAAUGCACAGGAAGAUGGCCGCAACGUGACCAAGAUCUCUUACUCUGAAGAUCGUACGUCAGCACCCGCGCCUGCGAUUCCCCUCAUGUCGAUCCCAGCCACUGCCUCUAUGGUGUCCGCCUCGUAUGCAGCUGCUUCAGCUACCCCCAGCUCUGCCAGUCCAGCACCUGCUAUAAAGCGGCAGGCGCCGUCUUCAGAUCGCAGCCGCGAGCCACGCAAUCGGGGCCAAAGACCUGCCGAAGUCACUCAGUCUGUACCCGCCGAGGCAGCCCCUGUUGCCACUGCUGCGCAAUUCGGACAGCCCACGAUCAGCUUACCAAUAAAUGGUCUCGUCAAUGUCUCUCACCCGGCUGACUCGCGUCCCAUGCCCCCUCCUCGGCGUGUGAGCUACAAGGACAUGGAUGACGACGACUUCCUGCCAGGGUCCAUGAAAGAGCCUCCUUUUAUGCCACUAAACAGAAUUGCAGCCGCCCCGAUUGGCACCGGCCAUGACCCCACCACCACUACGACCGACUCGGAGCUCGAUUUCCUUGAAUCGGCCGCCUACAGCCGCGUCGCCAACUUCUUGACCCCGCCUGAGCUGAAUCCCCAGCCGCCACAGGUGGCUGCGGCUCACAACAUGUCGCCGUCGUCGCCGUCGUUCGGCAUGCACUCAUCCACCGUCGACGACGUCUUUGGUCAACUGCAAACACCCAGCAUACCCAACGCAUCCAGCUCCAUGUCGCCAGCCGCUAAGCCGAUUCCGAGCUCACCUUGGGCCGGCAGCAGCUACAUGCACUCACUUGGGUACUACCCUCAGCAACAGCAGCAGCAGCAGCAGCAGCAACAGAAACAACAGAUGUCGUAUAGCAUGUCCAACAUGGACCGCCAGCCGACGAGCAUUGAAGACCAACUGGCAUACUUGACGCUCGCCAAGGAGCAAGAACGCCAGAUGACGACGGCUGCCGCAGCUGCUUCGGCCGCUGGUGUUCAGAUGCAGACAUCCUCGUCAUCGUACGGUAUAGACAGUUCCCGCGGUUUUCCCAGCGCUCUGUCUCCCGUCGGCGCAGCCAAGCAGCAGCAUCACAGCCCGAACGGUGGUGGCCCGGCUGGGUUUGCCAAUCCUUGGGCGACGACUGGUGGCGGCGGCGCGAUCGGCGGCAAUCCCAACGGCUCGCGUCUGCGUCCUCAACAGCUUCAGCAGGCCCAGGCGGCGUCGCUCGGUGUUGGAGGGGCCGUCGGUGCCGUCGGCGGCAUCGGCUUGGGCCUGGGCGGCAUGAGCAACCAGCCGGCUCCUGGCUCCUCUCCGGCCAUGCUGUACUCAAGCAACUUUAGCAUGAAUAACAGCAUGCCGUCGGUGCAGAGUUCGCGUGCUCCUGGUGGAGGCAGCGGCGUCUUUGAUAGCUCGUACGAAUCCAUCUACGGCUCCCGCGGAACCGACAACGACUACCAGAUGCAGCAACAACAGCAGUUGCAACAGCUGCAUAUCCUUCAGCAGCAGCAUCAGCAGCAGCAGCAGCAGCAGCAGCAGCAGUUGGCUGCGUACGGCGGUUACGGAGAUUUCAAUGUUGCCGACGACAGGAUCAUCGGCAGCGGCAGUAGUGCCCCGAUUGCGUCUCCCUCGUCCAACGCGAUGUGGCAAGAUGCAGCCACCGCCUGGGGCCGUGGCAUGCCACUCGGCAAGGACGACCCGACGCAUUUCCGCAACACGAUGCGGCAGUCGGGCCUCAUGGAGGACACGAAUGCGUACGAUCGCAAUGCGCUGCUGAGCGCCCUGGACGAGGAGGCCGGCUCAGCCCAGCCGCGGUGA